GAUGCACUAAACUUACAUGCUUAGAGCUUCAUCGAUUGCGGCUGCCUGUGCAACUCUAGUCUAGAACUGCCGCGCAACCCAUCGUCACGACUUAAGGUUCUACUCACAACAUCAUCAAAACCACUUGGCUGCAGCGCGUUGAAAAUAUCAGUAGACUCCCAUCAUCCACAACGAGCGCAUCUCGAGUGCACCUUUUCCGAGCAGACCGAUACCGAAAACGAUCGCCACGACGCACUCUGGGCCCCUCCAGCAACUUCAAAAGCUUCAAAAUGAUGGGCGGUUGGUGGACGAGCUCGGCCAACAGCGCCCUUGAUGAGCAGAUUGACAAGGCGACUGGCAGCAGCUUAGAGGACAUCCCGCUGAACCUGGAGAUUUCUGAUGUCAUAAGAUCCAAGACGGUGCAGCCCAAGGAGGCCAUGCGCUCCUUGAAGCGCCGCAUCGGCAACAAGAACCCAAACACACAGCUCAGCGCCCUAAAUUUGACGGAUACAUGUGUUAAGAAUGGCGGCUCCCAUUUCCUCGUGGAAAUCGCUUCGCGCGAGUUCAUGGACAACCUCGUUUCGCUUCUUCACGCGGUAGGCCCAGCGGCUGUCAACCCCGAAGUGCGUGGCAAGAUCCUCGAGCUUAUCCAGUCCUGGGCUGCUGCAACUGAGAACCGCUACGAACUCAAGUACAUCGACGAGACUUAUAAGUCGCUGCAAAAAGAAGGAUACCAGUUCCCCCCAAGAGUCACCGUGGCUAGCAGCAUGAUUGACAGUAGCGCCCCUCCUGAAUGGAUCGACUCCGAUGUCUGCAUGCGGUGCCGGACGUCGUUCACUUUCACAAACCGUAAACACCACUGCCGCAACUGCGGGAACUGUUUCGACCAACAGUGCUCCACCAAUACGCUUCCUCUGCCUCACUUGGGCAUUAUGCAACCCGUCCGAGUUGAUGAUGGAUGCUAUGCGAAGCUAACAGACAAAGUAUCCAAGAGCUUAGUCGAUGGCCUCGAGCAUAUCAAACAUACUAGGACGGAGCCUUCACCGACGAGCUCUUCGUUUCCCCACAAGAACCGGAGUACGUCAGCCAUGCAGCCUCGUAAUGCGCGCGUCGAUGAUGCUUUUGAUGAGGAUCUUAAGAAGGCCCUGGCCAUGAGCCUGGAAGAGGUACAGAGCCAUUCGACGGGCCGAGGCUACGUUCCCAAUACCACCAAUGCACCUGCAAAGACCAAUGGCCACUCACCAUCAAAGGUCAAGGCUGCUGAAGAAGAGGAUGACGACCUUAAGGCCGCGAUUGCCGCGUCGCUUGCGGACAUGGAGGAGCAAAAAAAGCAGCAUGCCGCAGCUCUCAAGGAGCAAACGAGCAGUAGCCAGCCAACCUCUACCGCUACUCCGUUUGUCUUUCCCAAGAACGACUACGAACUUUCUCCCGUCGAGGCCGAGAAUAUCAAUCUCUUCGCGACUCUAGUUGAUCGCCUUCAAUCGCAGCCCCCUGGCACAAUUCUACGAGAACCGCAGAUCCAAGAGCUCUACGACUCGAUCGGUACUUUACGACCUAAAUUAGCGCGGACGUAUGGAGAGACAAUGAGCAAGCACGAUACGCUACUAGAUUUGCACGCCAAGUUGUCGACUGUGGUUCGGUACUAUGACCGCAUGUUGGAAGAGAGACUAUCGAAAACGUAUAGUCAACACAGCCUUGGCGGCUAUAAUCUCCCGCCCUCACGCCAACCUGAUGCUCCAUACCCUUCGAUGCACCCAGCUGCACCCAGCAAUUCUGGCCCAGCAGAGAGUUUCUAUACGGGAGAACAGCAGACGGAUUACAGCAGGGGGCCGCCUACGCAUAGCUAUCCACAACAACACGUACAGACACCGCAGCCGCAGUUCGUCAACUACGACAAGCGCGCAUCUAUCUCUGCGCCGCAGCCGAGUCCAUACCCUCAACAGCAUGUUCAGAGAACCGAAAGCUGGCAGAACCAAAUUCCUUCUGCACCAGCACCAUACCCCGGCCCUGGGUAUGCUCCCAGUGAACCUACACCUCAAACUAGUCACGCACCACACGCGCCGUCCCAACCACAGCUCAAUAGAGCGCCAGAGGCGGGAAGUGCGCCACCGGCAGACCCAGGUGCUGGUUUCUAUUACAACAAUACACAACAAACCACGGGCCGACAGACCCCCAGCGUAGCUGCUGAGCCUGUCGCAUCGCCGUAUCCCAACUUACAACAACAGCAGCAGCAGCAGAUGAACUACCACAGGCAAUCUGUGCCUCCGACACCUGCUUCAGUGCUGGUGCAGCCCUCCCAAACCCCACAGCAGUAUCAUGGGGCGGGCCCUGUGCCCCAGCAACAACAGGCGUAUUGGCAACAGCCCCAGCAGGAUGCUGCAGGGUCAGGCCCCCAAGCUUAUCCAUCGGCGAAUGCUGGCUACCCCGGGUUCACGCAGGAGUCAUUUCCCUCAGCUCCACAACAUGCGCCACAGCAGCCAGUUGUUGAAGAGAGUUUGAUUGACCUUUGAAGUAUGUUAAGUAGCAAGUUUGGCGUUGAAGGUCGGGUCAUCCAUGAUAGGCGCACAUCAGGGUCGCUGUUUGAAUCAACAUUGGCUCACAUCGAGAUUGGCAGUCAGUCAAUGAACUCUGUAGGCUGGUGUCCGCGGUCUUUCGUGGUGCUGAGUUGGAUUAGCGCAGACAUGGCCUUAUACCCGCCCAUGUAUCAUUCUGUGGCAGGACGAUGCCCAAUACCACAGUUAAGUAAGGGUUUGGUAGAACGACCAGCUUCACAGUUCCUCCGAGUGCUAGGAGUGUUGAGUAUCUUCUCUGUUGAAUGUGUCGGUUGUGGUAAUAUAAGUUAUGCGAGCCUUUAACCAAAUAUUGUCCAUGAGGCGUUCUACUAUUUAAGAAUUAUUGGGAA